GAGGCAAAGGAAAAAGAUGGAGAAGAGUAUGUUGGAGAGUGAUGGAAAAAGAUUGGUGGGGAUCUGGGUGCACCGUAUAUGCGCACUAAGAAGAAAGCUCAGAAACGCACAGUUUGAAACAGAACAAAAUCCCCCAACUCUGUGGGCCCAUUUUCGCCAUAGCUAGGAACCAUCCCCCACCUCAACACUCACCCCAUCAUUAACAUCAAGAAUUCUCUCACACUCUUUCUUGCUUUCAUCAACCAUUGCACCCACACACAAUUCUUACCAACAAUUGUGAAACAGAGAGCUUCUUAAAUUGUUCUUUUUCGUGUGUGUGUGUGUAUUUUUUUUUUUUUUUUUUUUUUUUUUGUAGUUUGGGGUAUAAUUCUUCUUUCUGAAAGAGUGAAAUAACUUUGCUUUUGGUGAUGGGUGGUUGGUGAAGAAGUGCGUCUUGGGCUGUUUCUGAGUUUGGUGUGAUGGGGAAUUGCUGGUGUAGGUGGGAACCCUCAGUUUACAGAGUCUCAUCCAAUGCAAAGUCAGAGUCUCCAAAAGACGAGAGCCAAUUUGUGAAACCAAGGAACGAUGAUAGUAAGUUACCAUCAAACCCUGAAGAAGUAGAAGACCUACGACGUGAUUCAGCUGCAAAUCCAUUGAUUGCAUUCACCUUCAAUGAGCUAAAGGUAAUCACUGGAAAUUUUAGGCCAGACGGAGUGUUGGGCGGAGGAGGAUUUGGAAGGGUUUAUAAAGGGUUUAUUUCUGAGGAUCUAAAAGAGGGGCUUCCUCCCCUACCUGUAGCUGUUAAGGUUCAUGAUGGUGAUGACAGUUAUCAAGGCCACAGAGAAUGGCUGGCAGAAGUCAUAUUUUUGGGGCAGCUUUCUCAUCCAAAUUUGGUAAAAUUGAUUGGAUAUUGCUGUGAAGAUGAACAACGGGUACUAAUAUAUGAGUAUAUGGCUCGGGGUAGUGUGGAGAACAAUCUUUUUUCAAGAGUAUUGCUGCCUAUGCCGUGGUCCAUUAGAAUGAAAAUUGCAUUUGGUGCUGCAAAAGGACUUGCAUUUCUCCAUGAAGCUGAGAAACCUGUCAUCUAUCGUGAUUUUAAGACGUCUAAUAUUCUGUUGGACUCGGACUUCAAUGCAAAGCUCUCUGACUUUGGCCUUGCAAAAGAUGGACCAGUGGGAGACAAGUCUCAUGUUUCUACUCGCAUAAUGGGAACAUACGGGUAUGCUGCUCCGGAGUAUAUUAUGACAGGCCAUCUAACUCCUAGAAGUGAUGUUUACAGCUAUGGUGUUGUUCUUCUUGAACUUCUUACAGGAAGAAAAUCGUUAGACAAGUCGCGAUCAGCCCGAGAGCAGAACCUGACAGAUUGGGCUCUCCCGUUGCUUAAGGAGAAGAAAAAAUUGCUGAAUAUCAUUGAUCCAAGGCUGGAAGGAGAAUAUCCUGUUAAAGGAGUUCACAAGGCUGCCAUGCUGGCCUAUCAUUGCUUAAACAGGAAUCCAAAGGCAAGGCCUUUAAUGCGAGAUAUAGUGGACUCCUUGGAACCUCUACAGGCCCCUACUGAGGAUGUUUCAACUGAAAAAACUACCCUAACUGUAAUUAGCGAGGUUCCGGAUGCAGAGUCAAAAGGAAAAGAAGAUGCAUAGAGUAGCUGACAUGGUCCUGGGUUUUCUUAUGUGUUAAGCUUCUUCUCCAGUUUAAAGGGAGAGUUUUUGCAUUAGGUAGCUUUUUUCUUUUUCUUCUUCUUUUUAAUGCUUUGUAUUCUUUUUCUUUGUUCCUCUGGCUAAAACAUGUUUGUCAUAGUUGCUUGGAAUUUUAUCAUUUUAACUGUAGGUAAAUAUCAAUCUAAACAUGUGUGUAUGAUUGUAUA